UGAUUGGGAUCUCCGUUAAUUUCUGGAACUAUCAUCUCUCUCUCUCUCUGCCCACAUUCCAAAGCAUCUACACAAGUCUCUCUUGGCUUAUAAAAACAUCAAACCUACAAUACAGUUAAGACCCCCCGAAAACAAAAACAAAAAAGGUUAAGUAAGGAAACAAAAAAAAAAAUGAUGAUGAUGAUGAUGAAGUCGUUGAUCUGUAUCUCUCUCAUCCUCCUCCCUCUCGUCUCCGUCGUGGAAGGUGGUCGUCUCGGUGGUGGUUACGGUAGCCAGAAGCCGAUCAAGAAUCUAUCGGAUCCGAACGUCGUAGCGAUCGCCAAGUAUGCCAUCGGGGAGCAUAACAAACAAUCCAAGGAGAAUCUUGUUUUCGUCAAGGUUGUCGAGGGAACGACGCAAGUGGUCUCCGGUACAAAGUACAAUCUGAAAAUUGCGGGUAAGAGUGGUGGUGGUGGUAAGAUCCAGAACUACGAGGCCGUCGUUGUUGAAAAGUUGUGGCUUCAUUCCAAGAGCCUCGAGUCUUUCAAGGCCGUAUAGAUCUUAAUUAAUUUGGUGUAGAUCGAUCUCUCGGAAUAUUUAAAUCUAUCUACAUAUAUGGCUGUUUGAUGAUUUGAAAUGUUUAACAUUUAUGUUGUUUAUUGGAAAAUAACAAAUAAAUUAGAGAGAUAUGUUUUUGAGAUCUCUUCACUC